AUGGCCCGGAAUAAACCCCGUCUGUAUGUGGCAUUGUAUGCCAGAGGAGGUGCUGCCAGGAUGCCAGGAGGCGAGGACAGAUAUCACUGGGCUCUGAUCACCGGCCCCAAGCGAGAAGCCGAUGCUUCUCGCGGGAAACGAUACCAUGCCAAAGAGCCACGACCAGGAGUGUGGGAGUACAGCGAACAAAACACUGGCACCGCAUCCACCCUCAUGAUCCUGGUCCGUAUCCGUACCGCCAAAGUCAAGAACAUGGUCCGGCUCGAACAGGUACUGCGGAGUGUACCCAUUAGGGUUGGGCAGCCGGGUUGGAACUGCGUGGAGUGGGUCAGAGAGGCGUUGUCAGCACUGGCCGGAGACGGGAAGGCCCUCGGGACUUCCAGGAUUGACUGGCAGACUAGCCAGGCCGGGCCAGUUCAAUCCCCGGGUGGUGCCGACUUUUGA